CUCAUCCUUUUUUUUCAUCUCCAUUUGUCUGUGCACAUUAGCCAGUCUCUCGAUCUCUCCUUGCUUGGUAUUGGCCUCCAUCGUCACUUGCACCGCUGCUCGCGCUGCUGCUCGCCGGAGAAAGCACACCCAGACUUCGUAAUUGCUUGUGAGACAGUCACCCUGCACCGCCUUCCUCUCCUUCCUUCUCACCGAAGACUUACUGAUUUUAGAGGCCAACUCAAGCCUUGCCAUUCGAAAAAGUGCUUACACCUGUCCGCUUUCACUCAGUCGACCAAUCAAACCUCUGAUUACCACACUUCAAUUGCCGAAUGAAAGGAGGCGCCGACUUACAAAACCCCUCGUAACCUAGAGCCAUAGACCCCCAACGAAUAACAACCAGACGAAAGCGUGUGUAUGUCCGCAGAUAUCAAAGAGCGUGUGUAUGUCCGCAGAUAUCAAAGAGCGUGCAUAUGUUUGCAAGUUAAUUAUCUAAAUAGGUGUAAAAGCUUUGUUAGGCGCUAGGAGAAUGGGAAUUGGACCAAGGAUCUAAAGCAGUGAUGUCGUGAUCUCAACAAUGACUCUUCGGUGUUAGUGGCGAAAUCAGGUGCAACAUUCGGUGCAUUGUCGUCCUGAAUGGUAAAGGGACAAAGAUAGGAGACAAAGAAUAUUGAGCAGAGACAACCUAUGUCCGGACAUGUGUCCUGAUUUGGUACGAGAUUCGAUCGCCAGUCCGAAGUAGCAGUACAAGUCUGGGAGCAGAUUGGCCGCGACUUCAGUUGGGACUUAGGGACCUCCUUUUCAACGACUUUCAACGACUUAAGAAAGACGGUCGAAAACCAGCUACCUUCAGCUGUUUGAACUUUGCAAGAAUCAGGAAAGACUAGCAUUGAAAGACAUAAGAAAAAAAUACAGUAAUCACUUGGCGAAAAGGCGAUAAGAUUCUUCAUCUUUAUUAAAUAGUAAAGCUUGAUUAUGAUCUACGUGCGAAUAAUAUAAACUUUCUGAUCUGCGAUUGAGGUAUCCGAUUCUCCAGCAAUUUGUCGUCCCUUCAAGUGGGAAGGAGCCAGUUCAUCUCAUUCCAUAUUCUUCUCUCCGUACCCAACCAUUGAGAUUCUCGAUCGCUGCUAUUUUAAGCGAUGAAGUGAAUGUGAGUUCCAUCCCGGGCAUACUUAUACUGGAAACCAAACCGGGCUAUACGCUGUUCUUCCUUCAUUUUCUCUACAUGCUUGUCAACCGUCUGGAUCAGAGCAAACAAUUGUCGUUUCCUGGCCGCGAAUUAUACUGCUGUGUGGUUUUACAAGUUGUGUAAAGUGUAAUUAUUUUGGGGUUGGGAGGAAGUUCUUUCCUGAGCUCAACUACUUCACAAAUGGAGGCCUAUGAAAGGGAUGCAGUACCAACAUUAUUAGCUACAGAUUUAAGAGAUGACGAAAACAAUGGAACUCAUUUUCGAAGACUUUCCUACAGGGCAAGGAGAUCACUAUCUAUUCCUGCAAACUCCACUCAGUCAUAUGAUACUGAAAAUAGUCACAUUGGAUUUACUGGUCCGAUGAUGAAUGAAAGACAUACUUCUUAUAUACAGAUGAGUGGUCCAUUGUAUUUUGGCCACCCACCAAAGAGCAGCCUCAGACCAUCUCAAGUAGCAUUAGGACCCAACAUAAUUGGGACAACAGAAGAAACAUACCCUUCCUUUGCUAGAAGGGAACCAAAUAGUUGGGAAGACUAUGAUUAUGAGCGAAAAAAUGAACAUCUUCUGAAGUCGGGGCCACUGGGAGUAUGCAACGACCAAUACUGCACUACAUGCCCAACUAUUGACAUUUUAAAGGCGCAGGGGGGGAAGUCAAAAUCAUCACAAAAAUUUGAUCACAGAUUCAAUAAUAUGAUCUAUGGAGAUGCAAAAGGUUGGGCAAAGAGAAGUUGUUCUUUAUUUCGGUCGUGCCUACCCGGUGUCAUAAACCCUCAUGCUAUGGUGGUACAGCGGUGGAACAAGUUCUUUGUAAUCUCUUGUUUAUUUGCAGUUUCAAUAGAUCCGCUGUUCUUCUUUUUGCUGACUGUCAAUCAGGAUGACAAAUGCAUGGUACUUAACUGGGCACUGACAACUACGGUUUUGAUUUGGAGGAGCUUGGCUGAUUUCAUAUACCUAAUACACAUGCUUCUUCAGUUUCGGCUGGCUUAUAUUGCACCUGAAUCCAGGGUUGUUGGAGCGGGUGACUUAGUUGAUCAUCCCAAAAAAAUCGCUGUCAAUUAUCUUAAAGGAUAUUUUUUGAUUGAUUUCUUGGUUGUCUUGCCAUUGCCUCAGAUCAUUAUACUGCUGAUUUUACCUGGCUCAAUGGGAUCAUCCGGUGCAAAUAAUGCAAAAAGCCUUUUACGUGCAGCAAUUUUGGUGCAGUAUGUACCCAGACUGUGGCGGUUUCUUCCCGUGCUAAGAGGCCAGUCUCCAAGUGGCUUCAUAUUUGAGUCAGCAUGGGCUAAUUUUGUGAUCAAUUUUCUAACAUUUAUGUUGUCAAGCCAUGUGGUGGGAUCAUGUUGGUAUCUUUUGGGCUUACAGAGGGUGAAUCAAUGUCUUCGUGAAGCUUGUCAUAAAUCUCAAAUUAAAAGGUGCAAGGAAUUCAUUGACUGUGGGCAUGGCAGUGAUUACAGUGAUUUCUCAUCAGAUUCAUCGUGGAUUCAAUGGAAGAAUGAUGGGAAUGCAAGUGCUUGUUUUCGUACUGAUGGUUUUGACUAUGGAAUAUAUGAUCAUGUCGUCAAUCUCGCAACAAAGCAUAGCUUAGUUAAAAGAUAUGUGUACUCACUGUUCUGGGGCUUUCAGCAAAUAAGCACUCUUGCGGGGAAUCUAGUUCCAAGUUAUUAUGAGUGGGAAGUUCUUUUCACUAUGGCCAUUAUUGGACUGGGUCUCCUACUUUUUGCUCUGCUCAUUGGAAAUAUGCAAAACUUUCUACAGUCUCUUGGAAGCAGGCAGUUGGAAAUGACACUGAGGCGCCGUGAUGUUGAGAAGUGGAUGUGCCAUCGUCGCCUGCCGGAACGUUUAAGAAGGCGGGUACGACAAGCUGAACGCUAUACUUGGGCAGCUACCCGAGGGGUGAAUGAAGAAAUGCUGUUGGAGAACCUCCCUGAAGAUGUACAGAGAGAUAUACGGAGGCAUCUCUUUAAAUUUAUCCAGAAGGUUCGCAUUCUUAGGCUUCUAGAAGAACCAGUUUUGGAUGCCAUACGUGAAAGAUUAAGGCAAGCAACAUAUAUAGAAGAAAGCAUUGUUUUGUACAAGGGUGGCCUUAUUGACAAGAUGGUUUUUAUCAUUCGGGGAAAGAUGGAGAGCAUAGGAGAAGAUGGAAAUGUGGCCACGCUGGACGAAGGGGUUGCUUGUGGAGAAGAACUCCUUACGUGGUGCCUAGAGCAUUCUUCUAUAUAUAAAGAUGGGAUAAAGAUGAGGUUUCCAGGACACAGGCUUAUAAGUAACAGGGUCGUAAGGUGCCUUACUAAUGUUGAAGCAUUUAUAUUGCGGGAAGCAGACCUUCACGAAGUCAUUUCUCUCUAUGCAAGAUUUUUGAGGAACCCACGUGUUCAGAGUGCCAUAAGGUCUGAAUCUCCCUAUUGGCGUGCCCUUGCUGCUAGGUGCAUCCAAGUCGCGUGGAGGUACAGGAAGAAGCGUCUAAGUCGUGCAGAUGUCUCUAGUCCAUAACACAGUUUAGGGAUGUAAUAUCAGAAUACCAUUCUGAUCCUAGCUUAUGGAUUUGUAUUUGAAUUAAAUAGGAGCAAUAUUUAUUGCAUGACUUUACCUGAAUUUAACUGAAAAGAAAUAAGGACAAAAGAAAAGCAACAAGAGGCCAAUAGAAAUCAUAGAUGGUAGUUUUUAAAGGUGUAUAGGUACAUUAAAAGGACUACCUUUGCAUGAAAAUAUGGACAGAAUUCGAGCCUAUUUGUUUCACUGAUAUUCUUUAUCAUGUUAUUUUGUUACAAC